AAAAGGCAGUAAGGUAACAAAAGAAAUAGUAAAACAAAAACAAGCUCAAUCCUUUCGGAGCUACAUCAUCAUCAUCAUCAUAUCAUCAUCUUCUUCUUCUUCUUCUUCAGAGCUUUACACAGACAGAGGAAGAAGUAGAGAACUAUUUCCAUGCAUUCUUUAACUCUGAACUACCCAUUAUUACAUAGAACAUGGCUCUUCUCUUCCUUUUUCUACUCCUGCAUCUCUCUCUCCCUCUCCGAUCCUCGAAUCACCCAAUCCGGCCUCUUUUGCGGCAAUUCAACAGGCCUCAAGGACCUAGUCCCAGCUUUUGUUAAAGAAAUGGAAACGCUUUCGCAGCUCAUAACCAAUACCCACUUCGCCACUUACCACCUCAACAACUCCACCGUUCCUAUAUACGCUUUAGCCCAAUGCCACCAAGACCUCUCCCAGAUUGAUUGCCUCCUCUGCUACGCUGCAUCUCGCACCAAGAUCCCCCGUUGCCUCCCCUCCGUCUCUGGUCGCAUCUAUCUUGAUGGGUGCUUUCUACGUUAUGAUAAAUAUGAUUUUUUUCAGGAGGCUGUGUCCCCUUCUCUUGAUGCUGUCAAAUGUAGCCAGGGAAACGUUUCGGGUUCUGGUGAUGAAAAUGGGAAGUUGAAGUUUGUAACGAGUGUUAGUUAUGCGGUUGCUAAUGCGAGUAGUAAAGCUGUGGAGAAUGGUGGGUUUGCUGCAGUAGGGAUUGAAGGUGUUUAUGCUUUGGCUCAGUGUUGGGAGAGUAUUGACAAAGAUGGGUGUAGAGCGUGUUUGGAGAAGGCAGAGGAGGAGGUGAAAGGAUGUUUGCCUGGCAAGGAAGGCAGAGGGAUGAAUUCGGGCUGCUAUUUAAGAUACUCGACUGACAAAUUCUUUGAUCAUGAAGCAGAAUUAGGGCAUGCUCAUGGAUUUUCUGCCUUAGGAGUUACUAUUGCUAUUGCUUUAGCGGCAGCUGCUUUCAUCAUGCUGUCUCUCUUUGCAGCUUAUGCUACCUAUAGAAGAUUAUUGAAGAAAAAACAAGAACGCAUCAAUCUUGAAAAAAUUUCAAUCAGUUUCAACAAAUCAAGUUUGAAUUUCAAGUAUGAGACCCUGGAAAAGGCGACGGAUUAUUUCAACCCAUCGAAGAAAAUUGGUCAAGGAGGAGCUGGUUCUGUAUUUGUAGGGACUCUUCCAAAUGGGCAGACUGUUGCAGUUAAAAGAUUGAUUUUCAACACAAGACAAUGGGUGGAUGAAUUCUUCAAUGAGGUAAACUUAAUUAGUGGAAUUCAACACAAGAACCUUGUGAAGCUUUUGGGAUGUAGCAUUGAAGGUCCUGAGAGUCUUCUGGUUUAUGAUUAUGUCCCUAACAAGAGCCUCGAUCAGUUUAUUUUUGGAAAGAAGAAAACCAGAACUCUAAAUUGGAAGGAGCGGUUUGAUAUAAUUGUGGGAACAGCAGAGGGGCUUGCAUAUCUUCAUGGAGGUUCUCAAGAGAGAAUAAUCCACAGGGACAUUAAAAGCAGUAAUGUUCUUCUUGAUGAGAAUCUCACUCCCAAGAUUGCAGAUUUUGGACUUGUUCGGUGUUUUGGUGCUGAUAAGACUCAUCUUAGCACUGGAAUUGCAGGAACAAUGGGGUAUAUGGCUCCGGAGUAUCUGAUACGAGGGCAGCUGACUGAGAAAGCUGAUGUUUACAGUUUCGGAGUACUGGUUCUUGAGAUUGUAAUGGGUAAAAGGUGUAACUCUUUCAUAGAGGACUCCAGGUCACUUCUGCAAACAGUAUGGCUACUUUACAGGACAAAUAGAUUGGAAGAAGCCGUUGAUCCUUGUCUCAGAGAUGAUUUUCCAGUACAGGAGGCAUCCCGGGUGCUUCAAAUCGGCCUCUUAUGCACACAGGCUUCAGUUUCCUUAAGACCAUCCAUGGCUGAAGUGGUAGGGAUGCUAAAUAGUAGUGAUCAUAGUGUGAUUCCUCUCCCAAAUCAACCUCCUUUUAUGAAUGCUACUCUUUUAGAGCCUGAGAGCUCCACAAGGUCUUGCAGCACAAAUGGUUUUGUAUCAAAAGCAGCAACAAAAAUUGAAGCCUAUUCCUACACUUCCUCAGAAUCCUCUAGCAUGAAUAGCUCAGAUAGGCCAUUAAAAAGUGAAGAAUCAACACAAACAAAUCCCAACUAGAUUUUCCCAUUUUUCAAAGAUUAUCAAGUACAAAGAUUUUCCUUACAAUAGUUUUUGAGGUAAGCCUUGCUUGACAUUCUUGAGGUAAAAGCAAUGAUUUUUAGCACCCAUACUCUAUGGAUGUUGUUUCACUUGGAAGAUUUGCAAGCAAGGACCUGCAACCUUUUGCACAAAUCAAAAGAAGUAUGCUAGAGAAGGUAUAGCCUAUCAUUAAAAACUUUUUGUUAUGAAGAUUUACAGCAAGAGAUAAGUUUGUUGUUGAUUUAUCUAAAUCUUUAUCUGUAUUCAUUUACUUUUCUAAAUAAUCCUUUCUGUUAUGUCAUCUUAUAUGCAACAAGUUCUCAAAAUGUGUGAUAAUAAAUUUUUUGUGUCUUCUUCUCA